GCACACGUUGCUGCAGGUUCUCCGGUAAGGUUGGUCAUAUCAGAUCGUCGGCAGUACUGAGCAAUAUAAGAAAGCGUCAGAGAGAAUAGAGCGAUUCUGUGGGCGGGAGAUUUCGUGAAAAGUAUAUUCUGUUAGCCAAAAACUUUCAGAUACGCUUUGCACCAUUUCAAUAGGCAAAGGAAUAAGAGAGCUAUGUGACAAGUUCGAUUUAAAUUGUGUGUUAUCACGGGUUUGAUAUUACACUUAGGUCAUUUAAAUAGCAACCAUUCCACCAGGUGCUUCAGUACAGAGGAAACUCCUUUGAAGGAGUUGCCGGUAUUUUUGUAAACUUGAGAAGAACCGUGAUAAAAUUUCUUUUUGCUCUUCUUUUUUGUUUGAUUUGUCGCAUUUCCUCGAUGAUGGCUUAAUAACUAGUGGAUUUCAAGUGCAUCAAAUGUGCCAUGGCAGCCACAGUCUCAGUUUCAAAGGGAUGCUUUGUAUUCAAUAAAAACAAAGUUUCAAAAAGAAAAACCGGAAAGAAAACAGUGAAACAAGAACUACUGUGUGAUGACCCUUGGUAUUUAGCUUAUAAAGAAUCUUGGAAUUGGGUGGAAGAAAAGUUUGAGUCUCUUCAUCAUGAGACGUUUUCAAGUGUAUUGAAGGAUUUGGUGUCAUUUGUGGAGAACACUUAUAAAGAUGAAAAUGUGGAACGUGAAAUUUCAACAGUGCCAACUGCUGCACUAUUAACUGGAAUAAAUAUGCCAGAUCACGGAGCUUUAUUUUCUACCCUUUGUGACUUACUUCAUAAACAUGUAAGCCCAUAUAUUGCCACCCUCCAUGCUCAUAAGUGCAAGACAAUUCGUCAUACUGUGGAACAAAUGACAUCACAAUUCAUGAAUGCACCAACAGAUGAUGAAGGUGACAGUUUUUCUGAAGAAUCAGAUGAUGAGAAGCCAAUUAAAGUGAAAAAGUCACAAUGUAAUAUGUUAGUUCUUGAAUCAUGGUAUCAGGAACAUCAACCGAAUAUUGUCAAUAUUUUUGAAAACAGUGAAAAGACUAAAAGCAUUGAAUUGAAGGAAGGAGGUUUUAGCACAACCUCGCCUAUCAGGAAACAUUUGACUAAUGAAAUUACACAAAACAAGGAAAGCAGAUCUCCUCGAAAGCAAUUGCAAUUUAGUUGUGAUGACAGAAAGGAGGCAGAGACCGAAGGAGGGAAUGAACUUCAUCUUCAAAAAUGUUUAGAGAUUUUUAAUGAAAGAAUUGAUUCUGAACAUUCAAACACAUGCACUAAUACAGUGAAAUUAAAUCAAGAAGCAGUGUUGCUUCACAGGACUCCAGUGAAACAAGAGUUAAGUGUUAAAAAAGCAGAAGAUUCUCCAAGACUUGGAAGAACUCCACGGAAAUUAACUCUUCAAGAUUGUGAAGUUAUGAAGAGCCCUAAAAUAUCAUCUAAUGAAAAUUUGUCAGUUACAGGAACUCCUAAAGAUAGGAGAGUGAGAGAAUUACAGAACAAUGAACUUCGAAGGUCGCCUAGAUCUCCCAAACCAAUUUUGAGAUUAGUUGAAGAAUCAAGUGAAGAUUCUGACGGCUCCACAAAUGUAUCUUCCAAAAGAAGAAAAAUGACUCCUAAAAAAAAAAAUUAUUCUAAGUCUACUAAAACGCCAAGGCUUACUAAUGCCAAGGAAUCACAAAAAUGUCCUCUAAGUCCUAAAGUAUUUUUAAAGAGAAUUGAUAAUAAUUACCAAAUUAUUAAUUCCAUCAAUAGUGAUAGAGUUACAGAAUUGGGAAAUAAAGACAUAAGAACAACUCCAAGGAAAGUUGCAGAAUUGAUAGAAGAGCUGCGUGAUAAAAGAAGCCCUUCUGCUGAGCAGUGGAUUUGCGAAGUUGACUUGGAUGCUUUGGCAGCAAAAAAUAAAAUUCCAAAGAUUAUUUUGAGACAGUUGCAUGAUUUGAAAGUAAAAUUGUCACCACAAAGAUCUCCAGUGAAGGGAAGUCCAUUACUAGAAGUUAAGAAAGAAACUCAGUGUACUCCUCGAAAAAUGUCUAAUCAAACUCCAGUUAAAAAAAGCAAAGAUACAGAGAUGGAAGAAAAUAAGAACAAAAUUACAUCUACAGAAAAUUGCCUUUUGUCGGCAAGUUUCCCUCCUUACAGAGAUAAUCAAAGAAAAAAACUUAUUGUUAUUAUACCAGAAUUUGAAAAAUUUCCUAGUAAAAUUUUACAAGAUUUUAUCCUUAUUCUCAGGUCUUGUACGUGCCUCUGCUUACUGAAAAUGGUGAUUCUUUUCUCCUCAGAAUUCCCUUUUCGUCUAGGUAAUAAGACAUUUUGUUUUUUAAUGGAUGCAUUUUUGUAUUAUGAUUUAUCUGUCAAAGGAUUUGUUCAAGCAAUUAAGUUUUGUAUGAUGGAGCAUUUUUGUGGACAAAAUUGGAAAGAAUUAUGUUGUAAACUAGACUCCUUAAGAGAAAAAAAGAUAAAUUCCAAAGAUCUUCCAUCCUUGAGAAGUUUACCUUCUAUGUUGCGUUACAUGGAUAAUUUGGAAGAGGAAGAUAAACAAAAAUUGAUGAAUGAUGAUCAGCAUUUACAUGUUCGUGAACUAUAUGGUAUGGCUGCUUCAUCUCCAAUCACAAGAACUGCAGAAUACAAAGAAUGUUUUCAAAUUCUUAAAUUCCUUUCCAGAGAUGAACUUACAAUGAAACUGAAUACAAUUAUUUCUAUUCUGGAUAUAAAUAAAGAGGAGCCACAAGUUAGCUCAUUGGUAGAAAUAUUUCGUGAUUAUCAGAAGAAGAUACAAGAGGCAGGAAUGGAAGUUGUUGGUUCACAAAAUUCUCCAACAAAAAUGCUGGUUCCAGAGGGUAAAAUGAGCAGACAAGCAUUCAAAGAAAAAUUAUUGCAGCUGUCAAAAAAGGACCAGCCACAAUCUCAAUUUGAAAAGAUGCGUGAAGAAUUUGUGGAUUACUUGUCAUCCAAAUUGUUCCCAGAGAUGUUAAAGCCUCCUGCUUCAUACCCAUUGAUGGAAAUUAUCAUGUUUGAUAACACAGCGAGUGUGAAAACACAUAUUGUUGGUGCACCACGCGCUGCUAUUCACACUGCUCUAAACGAUCCUCAAUUUUACCUUGAGUGUACAUGUUGCCAACAGACUGAGAAGGACAGCAUUUUAGCGUCUAUGCCAGACUUGUGCAUUGCAUACAAACUUUAUCAAGAAUGUGGACGAUUAAUCAAUUUGUAUGACUGGUUGCAAGCAUUCUCUGCGAUUGUUGACCCCCAAGAUGAAGAAGAAGACGAAGAUAAGCAACAAGAGAUCAAACCUCAAAUUCAAGCACGUUUCACCAGAGCAGUAGCAGAGCUUCAGUUCAUGGGUUUCCUGAAAACGUCUUCACGAAAAAUUGAUCAUGUUACAAAAUUGUAUUUUGAUGGAGGCUUUUAAAUUUGUAGCCCCACUGUUGGUAUGUCUUCAACUUAUUAAGAAAUUAUUAUUCAUAGGAAAAAUUUCAAUAUCAUGGUGUAUAUUUUGAUUAUUUUUUAUAAUUACAUACAUUAGCAUUUUAGAUAUAUUGUAUCCUGAGUGUAUGACUAUUUUUGAUAAAUAUUGUACUUUAAAGAGAACAAGAGAAUGGAAAAAACUGUCAAUGAAAGACAAUGUUAAGUUCAUGUAUCACAGUAAUAAAAGACCAUAUUGUAUCUUGUAAAUUCAUGUUGAAUUAAUUUUAUUUUAUUUCAAAAUAAAAUAACUCCAUUUUCCUACUUUCAUUGCUAUUUGAACAGGUUUAUAAAUUGCUUUCAAGGGAAGAAUCUGUAGUAGAAUACUGAUGUUACAUUUUGCACCCUGAAUUAUUAUACAAUCUUACAUAAGGAACAGAAUUUGUCGAGUAUUUGUUAGAUAGGAAAACUGCUUUCGAUAAAGGAAAUUGAGUUUUCUUGGAGCUAAAAAUUUGUAAAUGGUGCAUUCGUUGGUGUUGGACAGAAGGGCCACAGUGAUAAAUUAUCAAUGUUUCAUCAUCAACCAGUGUUACAUACUGGAAGAGGCCAGAAUCUGUAAAACAUUAAGACUUACAGUUUCCAUAAUGUUACCAUUAGAAUAAAGAAAAAUGAAUACAAUUUAAGGUAUCAUUAGCAGAUGCUGAAGCAUUGCUAGCGCUGUUUGUAAGCCAAUGACCUCAAUAUUAAUUUCAACUAUGAGGCAACUACAUUUCACAUUCAUCAAUAUUAAAUAUAUAACAGAAAUCUUGAAUUAAACAGUGAUUUAAUCGUGUUUUUUAUUGAAUAAUUUUAUUUUUAAUAAAUU